CGUAAAUGCACAAAUUCGGAAAAUGGUCCCAUCUCACAACUUUAAAGAAUCUUUCCAAAGAUUCCUGAGUCCAGACGGUGAUCAGUUCUUCCAUAUCCCAUUUCCAAUCAAUUCCUGAAAAUGUCAACCAAACCCAUUCUGAGCUUUUCAAGUCAAUUAGUACACAAACAGACAAACAAAUACAUAAACAAACAGAUCAACAAAAUAAUCAAAUUAAAAUCUCCGAGCAUCCCGGUCAUCUUUAUUUCAUACAACUGUAUCCCAAAAGUCAUUCAACGUUAACCGGGACAAACCACGGAUGCUUUGGCUGACCAGUGACAAGUCCGUGAGAUCUGGCCAAUCAGAAACCGGAUCGGGUCGGGGAAGGAGCCAACAACCGCAACUGGAGAUCUUUUCCGUAUUAUACUAAAUCCAGCUCCGAGGAUUAGCGCCUCAUGUGCCAUUGUCUCGGCGAUGCUGCGUGCUAAAAGUGGCCCGCGUGCCUCUGCUUUGCCAGCACCACCGUACACCACGAACGUUUCCAGUGUGAUAUUUCACCGUAUUGAUUGUCGUGUCCCGUUCCCGGUAAGGAUACCUGGAUACAGCCAUGCUUUCCUUUGUUUCUCUGACCUCCCAAAGGAGCUGGAAUUAGAAAAUGGGAGUGUCCCCGGCACGCUGUUGUUGUUGUUUUGAACUCUCCUUGGGAUCGAUACCGUCCUCUUUUUUUUUUUUUACAUCUCUUCUCUUUCUGCCACUCCCUCUCUCCUUUUUGACUCUUUCAUGGCCGUGCUUCUGUUGCCCUUCUCCUCCCUGUGGCGUCAACACUGUCUCGUUGCCUCAGUGCUAUGACUAAGCAGUGUGUGUGUGUGUGUGUGUGUGUGUGUGCUCUGACUGUGUGUGUGUGUGUUGAAGGGCUAUGCAGAACAUGUGUGUGCACGCAUGCAUAAUAAAUCCAGGGCGAUGGAUCUCAGUAGUCGUGACAUUUUUUAGACAGAGCGAGUCACGACUGAAUCACGCUUGCCUCCUCCCUCCCGUUCCCUCUCUCUCUCUCUCUCUCUCUCCCUCCUCUUUUUCAAUCCUCUUCUCAAGCGCCAGCUUUGCUUUCAUCCUCCCACACUCCAUCACUCCGUCUCACUCCACGCCGUGCCCGCGUCUUCUUUUUUUCCAGCGUGCCCGUUCAGCACCCCCGUGUUCCUCUUGGCCUCCCGUCUGCCCUUUAUGUCGCUCCAAAGUCAGCCGGGGUCCUCCAGGCCUGUCCCUUCUUGUCUGGCCUUCUGGUUUUUAUUUGGAUGACCGUAGCCCUUGGCUUCUCACACUUGUCAUUUCAUCCCACUCCAACCCCCCCAGCCCCCCCAGCCCCCCGGCCCCGCUCGUCUUCUCUCUCCAUCUCCACCUACUCUUGUCCCUCAUCUAAUCCGUAGUUGCCCUGUAAUCCAGAUCAGCUGGCCUUCAGUCUUAAUCUCGUCACUUCUCAAUCCCCCGCGGUACUCCGCUCUGAUUGUGUGUGUGUGUGUGUGUGUGUGUGUGUGUGUGUGUUUGAACAGAGAAAGGAAACAGCCCCAGUCCAAAUUCAUGAGUAAUCAUGUGAUUUGGCAAAGAGGAGAAAGCACACCAGAAAUGAUGCUAAAUAUGAUGCUAACAUGCAUUCCAUUCCAUUUUUCAUUCCAAUUGGAAUAAAAAAGAGGAGCGAUAUUCAGAUACCGUAUGUUAGCUUCCCAUGAAUCGGCCCAUCCAGGUGAAACCAGCCGACAGCGAAGGAAGAGGAGAGGACCGGAAGUUGUUUGUGGGGAUGCUGGGAAAGCAGCAGAGCGACGAUGACGUGAGAAGGCUGUUCGAGCCCUUUGGCAGCAUAGACGAGUGCACGGUGCUAAGAGGACCUGACGGCACCAGCAAAGGGUGUGCAUUUGUAAAAUUCCAGGGACACGCUGAAGCCCAGGCUGCAAUCAACAGCCUGCACGGGAGCCGCACGAUGCCUGGCGCGUCGUCCAGUCUGGUGGUGAAGUUUGCCGACACGGAGAAGGAGCGGGGGCUGAGGAGGAUGCAGCAAGUGGCCUCCCAGCUGGGCAUCUUCAGCCCCAUGACGCUCAACUUCCCCGCCUACAAUGCCUACACGCAGGCGGUCAACGCUCAGCUGGUCCAGCAGCAGGCCCUGGUCGCCCAGUCAGCGUAUUUGUCCCCCGUGGCGACAGUCGCCGCCGUGCAGAUGCAGCAGAUGGCGGCGCUCAACGCCAACGGAAUCAUCGCCACGCCCAUCACGCCCAUCACGCCGUCCUCAGGGACAAACACUCCACCGACUAUCGCCGCCACGCCCGUGCCGGCUCUGCCUCCGCCAAUAGGAGUCAACGGUUACAGCAGUGUCCCGGCGCCGACCAAUGGCCAGCAGGGAACCGAGGCGUUAUACACCAACGGCGUUCACCCGUACCAAGCUCAGACUCCGGCGGCGGCCUUGGACCCGCUACAGCAGGCCUACGCCGGCAUGCAGCAUUACACAGCGGCGUACCCUGCCGCCUACGGAUUGGUCGGCCAGCCGUUCCCCCAGCAGCCAACACUGGUUGCCCAGCAACACCAGCAGCCCCAGCAACAGCAGCAAAGAGAAGGUCCGGAGGGAUGCAACAUCUUCAUCUACCACCUGCCUCAGGAAUUCAGUGAUUCAGAGAUGCUGCAGAUGUUCCUGCCCUUUGGCAAUGUCAUCUCGGCCAAGGUGUUUGUCGACCGGGCCACCAACCAGAGCAAAUGUUUCGGAUUUGUCAGUUUCGACAACCCUGCCAGCGCUCAGGCCGCCAUCCAGGCCAUGAACGGCUUCCAGAUCGGCAUGAAGAGGCUGAAAGUGCAGCUGAAAAGGCCCAAGGACGCCAACCGCCCGUACUGAGAGACGGAGGGACAACACCGGAGUAAAGGUGACCUUUCCCACAUCAGCUGAGGUGGAAUUCCCGGACGUGCGCUUUUCAGACUGCCUGCUGCCUUUGAGCAUCCGCCGAGUGCAUUCAUGUACUCCCACACACACACACACACACACACAUACAUACACACACUUGGAAAUAUGUACAUAACAAGCGCAAACAUCCUAGCCGUAGAGCUGAGAGCGCCAUCUAGCUGCCAACAGGGUGUUUAGUCCAGUCCAGUCCGGUCCGGUCCGGUCCGGUGCCGGCCUCCUGCCAGCGGAAGGUCCAACUGCUGAUAUACGUAUCAUUCAAUAGACAUCUCUACUAGCUGACAAAUAUAGAGGGACUCAUGUUUUCAUCUCCGCACGCACACACACACACACGCACGCACAACAACAACACACACACACGCAACUAAAUGUGUAGGCUAGGAGGAGUGUAAAUAAUUUAGUUGACAAAGGACAGCAUUUAAAAACGAGGAAAAAAAAAUGCAAAAAAGACGACUACUUUAGAUUAACACUGAAAAAGGACACAACAUUAUUAUUAUUAUUAUUAUUAUUAUUAUGAUUAUUAUCAUUGCUACUAUGAUUAUCAUGAUUAUGAUUAUUAUGACCACCAGUAACAUCAUCAUCUUCAUAAAGGGAUUAUCACAUUCCAAAUUGUACAAUGGCAAAUCACUAACCUAUUUUAAAUUUCUACUUAGAUUUUAGGUGAAACACGGGAGGGAGUGGGGGGGGGGCAAGGGGGGGGUGAUUGGGAGUGGGGAGGGCUUGCACUUUUAUUCGGGAGGUUUUAAUAUUUGAGCUAUUUUUUAUUUAUUUACUAAUUUAUCUAAUUAUUUUGUUUAUGGGGAGAGGGGGAUUUGCGUGGGUUGCGAUAUUUUCAUUUUAGAAUUUUUCUAGAGAAUUACAAAAAGAAAAAAACAACUUUUGGGGGGGGGGGGGGCCCUGUUUGUGUCGGACCCUCGCAACCCAGCAAUUCUAAUGUAUGUAUUAAUGAUGACCGCAACGAUGAUAUUUAUUUCUAAUUUAUUGGAUUCCACUCUCUUUUUAAGUUAAAAUAAAAACUAUCAUACUGAACGGACGCUUGCUGUGCUUUCAUAAAAGUAUGUGUGUGUUCUCAACUCCUGUUUUACCGUCUACCGUCAAUCAAACUGUAACAUUCUAAUGAUGCAUAUUAUUGAAUUACAAAUAGUAUAGUCAUUGCUGGGACACAGUAUUAUAUUAAUGAAUGAAUGAAAAAUAGAUUUCAAGUACAAAGCCAUCAAUUGAUGCUAAUACAUAAAGUCAUACAUUUACCUGAAUAAAGGUGUACAAUUAAUGAAUAAAAAUUCCAAAUCUACAAGAAAAAAUUUGGAAUAUUAUUUUAAAAUUACUCUCAUAAUUUUUUUUUACUUUAUCCUCAAAACUUUACAAGAAAAAAAAGUUGCAGUAUCACAUGAACAAAGUCGUUAAUUAACAAGAAAAAGUUGAAAAUAAAUAAAUCUAAUAGAAUGAAAUCCUAAAUGUACUAGAAAAAAGUUGUACAUUAAUCAAGAAUAAUAAGGUCCUAAAUUUACAGAAAAAAAUUUAAAUCCACAAGAAAAAAGUCAGAAUAUUCUCGUAAAUUUACAGCUUUUUUCCCUCAUAAAUUUAUUACUUUGUUCUUGCAAAUUUACAAGAAAAAAAGUCUGAAUAUUACGUGAAUAAAGUCGUAAAUUAACAAGAAAAAAUUACAAGAAAAAAGUUGCAAAGUAAAAAGUCAUAAAAACAUUUAUGAGAAUAAAGUUGUAAAUUUUGCAGGAAAAGUCUUAAUAUUACCUUUAAUUUAUUCUCAUUAAUUGAUGACAUUAAUAUAAUUUUUUUCUCAUAAUAUUACAACUUUUGGGGGGGUAAAUGUAUGACUUUAUACCUGUAAAUUUACGACAAAAAGCAUAAAACAUCAUGAAGCAACAGCGCCUCUGCUGGUUGCAGCUAAGUAGUGCACUCAGUUUCACACAAUUGUCAGAAUCAUUCAUUUUGAUAUUGAACUGUUAUUAUUAUUAUUAUUGUUAUUAUAUUAUUAUUAUGUAUCAUUGACUUGCUACACUCUCGGGUUUUUCAGAAGGAGCACAAGCUAAGUCAGGAGUUUAUUAGUGUUAUUAAAUUCAUUUGUACUACAUGACUAAUGUAAGUUAAAGUGCACUUUCCAGGUCUGACCAGAAGAGGGCGUCAAAGAGUCGGAAAGGUUCAAACUGGCUGACACUUUGGCUGCCAAUGGCGGCUUGAGGAAGGCCGCUGGCGUUGGAAUGGGAUCCGGCGUGCAGCUGGAUGAUCUCAUAGCUGGCAGGGUUUAAUUCCGUGUGCCUCUUUGGACCCGUCGGGAUGGAUGGGAUGCUAAUAGCGCAUUGUAAUCAAGCGUGCCGCCUUCCCUCGGGAUUAGUCAUCAAGGACAAGGAAGGUAAUCAAUGUUUAUAGCCGUUAGUCGCUCGUAAAGUACAUGUCAGCCUGAUACCUGGCUAGAAAGGCCUUUCUCUCUGGCACACACAACCAAAGUGCGGCCCGGGGGCCAUUUAGUGCACGCGGCACAAUCUACAGCAAAAAGUCAGCAGUUGUUUUGCAAUAACGUCCAAAUGUUAAAAACUGUCAUUUUACAGGAAUAAGGUAAAUUAUUAUGGAUAUUAUGAGGAAAAUUACAUCAUUUUAGUAGCAUAAACUUCAGAUAUGCAAUAGGUCAUAUAGAGGAUCUUUUUUUUGCAGUCGGUCCUAAAAAAACAGGAGAAUCGUUCCUGUCAUAUAGAGGAUCUUUGUUUUGUAGCAGGUCCGUAAAAACAACACAAUCGCUCCUGUAGUAUAGACGAUCUUUGACAACCUUUUUUUUUUUUACAGUAGGUCCUUAAAAACUGCAGAACUAUUCCAGAACAGCUGAUUUAAAAUAAGUUUUAUUUUUUAAAUACGCAAAAGAGAACGUGAAGUAUGCACACAUGUGCGCACAUCUGCAUAGA